AUGAACGUGUCGUCUGUGACUAAUGUGACCGUGGUUAUCGAGUACCGAGACUCCCUCACCAAAGCCGUGGCCAAGAAUGUGAUCGUGGUCGUCCUCAGCAUCUCGCUCAACUACAUCCAUGUAGGACUCAUACACACCUUCCGCAAACACCAGAUUUUCUACAUGAAUCCUCGGUACAUCCUGUUCUUUCACCUGGUGGUCAACGACAUGAUCCAGAUGACAUUGACCGUCCUCCUGUUCAUCAUCAGCUACACCCUCUACAAGAUAAAUGUCUCCGUGUGUAGCGUCUUGAUCCUGCUGGCUCUCUUUGCCACCGAGAACACGCCUCUCAACCUGGCCUGCAUGGCGGUGGAGUGCUACAUCGCCAUUUGCAUGCCGCUUCGCCACGUGCAGAUCUGCACCGUCAGGAGAACGUUGGUGCUGAUCGGUUUGAUCUGGAUUACGAGCAUGUUGUCGGUCCUUCCUGAUCUCUUCAUCACGUUGGCCACCGAGCCGCUGGACUUCUUCAGCUCCCGGGUGUUCUGCCUCAGAGAAACAGCCUUUCCAAAUCCGCACAUCAUCAAGAAGAGAGACGUCACUUAUGUCAUGUAUCUGGUCAUCGUUUGGCUCGUCAUUUUCUACACGUACUUCAGAAUCCUGUUUACGGCUAAAGCGGCGAGCAAAGACGCCAAGAAGGCCAGAAACACCAUUGUCCUCCACGGCUUCCAGCUGCUGCUGUGUAUGGCCACGUAUGCAGAGCCUCUGUUAAUGACCGCUCUGUUGCAAUGGUUCCCCAAGACCUUUUUAGACUCCCUGUUCGCUUGUUACAUCAUCAUACACAUCCUUCCACGCGCCAUUAGUCCCAUAAUUUAUGGCGUACGAGACAAGGCCUUCAGAAAGUAUCUGAAGACGUAUCUGUUGUGUAAAGUGAGCACACAGUAA